AUGCUUGCAGUAGUGAUUAAGAAUGCUAUAUAAGUGAGGACGACUCUGAAUCACAUUGCUUGGCAAAGAUUAAUUAUAAUUUUCCAGACUUUUUGUACCCUGGAUACAAAUGCUCACAAUCAUCAUCUUCCUCUUAAUGUUUGUAAAAAUGAGGGUAUUUGCGCAGGUAUUUAACUUUAUGACAAUUGCAAUUACAAUUCCGAAUGCUAUUUCGGAAUGUUUUGCAAUGAAGGAGGUCGAUGUGUUAGAGAGAAGGCUUUUGGAGAGAGGUGCACUUAAAAUGAAGCAUGUGGAAGAAAAGGAAUGUGCAUUUUUGAGACCACACUUUCAACUUAUGGAACAUGCAAAUAGAUAUUGUCUCAAUCCGACAACAGCUUGGUACUUCCUAUGUACAAAGCAGAUAUGGCUGAAAUAGAUUCAAACAUAUUCGUCUAUCAAAGUGAUUUUGAAAAGGUUUGCAGAUCUGGGUUCCUGAAUGUUACCUCUGGUAGAUGCUCUUCAGGCUUAAAAUCUAAAAAUAAAGGUAAAGUAUGUACUUCAGAUCUUGAUUGCCCGACAACAGAUCCUUAAAAAUAUGCUUCUUGUAAAUGUGGUCACAAUGCUAAAGGAACUAAGUAUUGCGACAUUGAAGGAGGAGAUGAUGAAUGGACUGAUGUUUUUACAAAGGUAAAUCCUUUUUUAAUAUAAUUUUAGUUCUAAAAAUACUACGAAAGAAGUUAUGACUGCCACUCAGCAGAGGGAUUUAAUUCAUGCAAUGGAAAUCAGUUUUAUUAAGACUUCAAAUGUUCUGAGUUAAAGGCUAAAUUAUAUGUAGAUUUGAUAAACAUUCCAGACUGCUUGCAUUCACUGAUGAGAGUACAUCCUUUUUUUUACGAAUACUUUACCUAUUGCAAAAGUAUAUUAUCAAAUGCUCUCUCAACUCUAAGUUACAUCUGCCUUAUUAUGUGUAUUUUAGUUCUAUGUAUUUUUUGA